AUGAAGAUAUGGCGCGAAACGAAGAUACAGAGUAGUUCGUUACACAUGGAAAUCGGAUUUUGGGACACGGCGAUAAUGUCGCAAGACCUUUCGAAAUGUGGGAUAAAGGAACUGCUGAUUGAACGGUGCCUCUUCCGGCGACUGGAAUUUCAGCAUCCUGACGUAAUCACAUGUAAAACAUGUCCAGAAUCUCCUUCUUCUGGGAGUGGAAGCAGCAAACAUUCCCACUCAAAACCUGAGGUAAUUGAUGGAAUUAGAAGCAGUACAGGUUCAGAAGGACAAAUAGAUGUUAUCGCUAGCGGUGAAAGAGCUUUGGAAGGUCAUGAAAGCAAUUGCCCUGAGACACAUGCCAAUGACACUGGAGGUAUAUGGGAGCCAGUCAGAAGGUCAGGUUCUUCCUCUUCAUCAGAAUCAUCAUUAAACGAUGUCUUUGAAGUAGAGACGGUUGAUUUUGAGUCUAAGACAUCUAGACCUGCAUCAAAAAAUCAACAGAAUAAUGAUAUUUCCAGUCAUAGCUCUUCCUCAUCUGAAGGUGAUGACAAAAACUCUCCAGUUCCCACCUCAACAUGUGUACCACCACCAGUAAGCCCUCCAGUCCAAGUGAUGGACCUGUCGGGAGGAUAUGAUCCUAACAGGAUUCCAUCUUCAAUAUUUGCAAGAAAUAAUACAUCUCCAAUAGAAUGGAGUACUGCUUCUAAUGAAUCAUUGUUUAGCAUUCACCUAGGGAACUAUAGUUUCUCUCGAGAUCAUGCCUCUGCGUUCGAUGAUUUAUACAAGUCUGGAGAAUUGACAAAGUCUGGUGAGCUUCGUAGCCAACCCUCAUUUGUUAUACCAGAGGACAUAGAAUUAGACCAUGAGAAUGUUGAUAAGGAAGACUUGCUAACAAAUAACAUGUUAGAUGAAGCUUUUGAGUCAGAAAACAGGUCGAACGGAGAGAAAAACAAGGCAAAGAGUUCGCAACCAGAUACAAUUUGUAAUUCUCGCAACGUCUCUGGUCGUUCCCAUUGUAGUGGAACCAGUACGUGCUCUUUUGCUUUCCCAAUUUUGAUAGAAGCGGACAGAUUCAGCGCCCACAAGGCAGACGUUUCCCCACGGCAUUCAGAAAAAGAACCCUAUGUUCCCCCAAAAGAAGAUGCAUCUGAACUAGCAUCACGCUCUACUGCCAAGCGUUGGAACUGGUUAUGGUGCUUCUCUUGGUCCUCUUGUUGGACACGGGGCAAGUGUUGUAGUUGUCGUUGUUAA